GACACUAUGUUCCCCAACUAGCUGAGCUCAUUUACGAAAGAAACAAAGGAUCUACAAAAGACUCCUACAUAAAUCUCAAGGGUUUCAUGAUCGGGAACGCUGUGAUCAAUGACGAAACUGACUCUGCGGGCAUUGUGGAUUAUGCGUGGAGUCAUGCCAUUAUCUCAGACCAACUCUACCACAACAUAAAGGAAUGUGAUAAUCGAGAAAGCAUAACAAAUCAAUGUGUUGUCCAUUACAGAGGGUUCGCAGAAGCUUAUUCAGAUAUCGAUAUUUAUAGCAUCUACACUCCAGUCUGUCCCUUCGACUUUUCUACUCGAAUUUCCUCCAAACUUGUCGUUGCACCUCUCCUUCUUUCAGCAUUACAUGACCUAGGGCAUAAGCUACCUUCAGGCUAUGAUCCUUGUACGGAAGGUUAUGCAGAGAAGUUUUUCAAUAGAGAGGAUGUUCAGAUGGCCCUGCAUGCUAAUGUCACCAAGUUAUCUUAUCCUUAUACACCAUGCAGCAAUGUAAUUCAGAAGUGGAAUGACUCUGCGGAAACAAUCCUGCCCAUCAUUAAGAAGCUUUUGAAUGCUGGAUUGCGUAUUUGGAUCUAUAGUGGUGACACCGAUGGAAGAGUACCAGUAACAUCGACAAGAUACAGCAUAAACAAAAUGAGGUUAAGAGUGAAGGAAGAAUGGAGGGCAUGGUUUCAUAAGAGUCAAGUGGCUGGAUGGGUGGAGACAUACGAAGGUGGGCUUGUAUUGGCCACCGUACGGGGUGCAGGCCACCAGGUCCCAGUUUUUGCACCUCAGCAGUCCCUCUCUCUCUUCUCUCACUUCCUAUCUGCCAAAACCUUGCCAGCUUCUUCCAAGUUUUAG